UUUUUGAAGAUCUUUGAUAUGGCACGCUUAUACUCGCGAAGUACAGUAAAGAAGAUAAUCAAAGCCCACAAUCCACGCUCAUCCUUAAGUAAAAGCGUGGAUGUCAUGAUUUACUUGGACUAUCUUCUCUUCUUGCAGCGACUGGCGCGUGAAGCCGACGCGGAAGUAAUGCAAACCAAAGGGAAACUAAUGCAAUCACAUCACCUCCAAAAAGCUGUAGAGCAAACACUGCAACAGUUUCGAGGAUAAUCCACACUAAUGCCUCUUGUACAUGACAACGAUGCUUGCAGGCGUAGCAUCCAUAUCAGUUUUCCAAUCAAUUCAACGCGAAUUAAAGUAACUAUUAUCAAUAUUAUAUAAU